AUGGCUACAACACGCAGGGCUCGCCCGACGCCUCCCGGUGGUCAUGGCAACCGCCCGCCUCAGGCCACGCCCGCCCGCCUCAGGCCACGCCCGCCUCAGGCCACGCCCGCCUCAGGCCACGCCCGCCCGCCUCAGGCCGCGCCCGCCUCAGGCCGCGCCCGCCUCAGGCCGCGCCCGCCUCAGGCCGCGCCCGCCUCAGGCCGCGCCCGCCUCAGGCCGCGCCCGCCUCAGGCCGCGCCCGCCUCAGGCCGCGCCCGCCUCAGGCCGCGCCCGCCUCAGGCCGCGCCCGCCUCAGGCCGCGCCCGCCUCAGGCCACGCCCGCCUCAGGCCACGCCCGCCUCAGGCCGCGCCCGCCCGCCUCAGGCCACCGCCCACCCGCCUCAGGCCGCGCCCGCCUCAGGCCGCGCCCGCCUCAGGCCGCGCCCACCUCAGGCCGCGCCCGCCUCAGGCCACGCCCGCCCGCCUCAGGCCACGCCCGCCUCAGGCCGCGCCCGCCCGCCUCAGGCCACCGCCCACCCGCCUCAGGCCGCGCCCGCCUCAGGCCGCGCCCGCCUCAGGCCGCGCCCGCCUCAGGCCCCGCCCGCCCGCCUCAGGCCGCCGCCCAGCCGCGGCCACUCACGGGCCUUCCUUCACCUCAGGCUCAGCGGCAGCUGA